AUCGAUAAUACGUCAGAGCGUUUCGCUAGGCCUUAUAUCCCACCACUAAGCUGAGAUUUUGUAAACACGACGUGGACGUAGUAAAUUUAAUUAGAAUUUAGCCCUAAAAAUGCAGCAACUUGUGAUUUUUCUGCUGCUGGCCCUUAGCUGCCAGCAAAUCCAUGCCGAACUAACGGCCGCCGAGUGCCGGGAAUUGGGUUUCAUCAAGGCACAGCUAAUGUGUUCCAGUUGUGACAAACUCGAUGAUUUUGGACUGGAUACCAUCAAACCCCAAUGCAAGCAAUGUUGCACCUUGGAUCAACAGCCGGCGGCCCAGCGAACCUAUGCAAAGGCCAUUCUGGAGGUGUGCACCUGCAAGUUCCGGGCAUAUCCCCAGAUUCAGGCCUUCAUCCAAAGCGGCCGGCCCGCCAAAUUCCCCAACUUGCAGAUCAAGUACGUAAGGGGCUUGGAUCCCGUGGUCAAGCUGCUCGAUGACAGUGGUAAAGUUCAGGAGACGCUGUCCAUCACCAAGUGGAACACGGACACCGUGGAGGAGUUCUUUGAAACGCAUCUGGCCAAGGAUGGUGCUGGCAAGAGUUCUUACAGCGUUGUGGAGGAUGCCGACGGAGACGACGAAGAGGAUUAUCUGCGUACUAAUAGGAUCUAAAAAAUAUCAUUCCCCAAAACAGUAGAUUAAUAAAUUGAAUUCACUAGAAAUUCUAAAACCAGAACAUCAUCUCUCACACAUACAUUUUGAGUUAAGUAAAAUCGAGGAAUAAGAAAAUGUCUUUGAAAACAAUUUACAAACUUCAGUCAAAAACUGUUGAGAAUGAAAAUUUACAUAAAAACUUACCUUUCGAAAAAUCAUUUAUGAAUACAAAAAUUUACUACGUAAUAGAAAAAUCAGGAUAUUAUCAAUAGAAGCCGGAUUUUAUGUAAUAUAUUUUUAUUCUUAAUUAGAUUAUUAGAGACAACAGAUCUUUAUGAUUAGGCUGAAGUCUAAUUAUGAAUUUUUUAAAAUCCUUUCUAACUAAUCAAAUGUGGAAAUGGUAUAUUAACUUACAAACCCGACUUCUACUCAUAAAUAACUGAUAUACAAGAUUAUAUGAAAAUUAAUUCUUUAUUAUCA